UCGGCGCCUGUGCUGGACUGUGCAGGGCAUGCUUCAACUUCCUCGUCCCCCCGCGGGUGUAGGCACGUCCUCCGUGGAGGUUCAGGCCUGAACCCCUGUCUGGAGCUGGACACCUCUGGGUUCCUGGCUCCGGCCGUGCCUGCGCGCUCGCCCAGAGGUGAAGAUAGAGCAGGGACAGGGGCACCUGGAAACUUGAAUGGUCGCUGGAAGUGACGUCUCUGAUCUUUCCCGAGGCAGCCGGCUCAACUUGGAUCUGCCAGAAUUUGUUUCCUGGGCUAUGGGAGAUGUCAGCGAGUUAAAAAUGCAAAUAACACCGGAAACUCCAGGAAGGCUCCCUGUUUCAAAUCCCUUUGAAAGUCCUAGUGAUUAUUCUGACCUCCAUAAACAAACCCUUGCAAGUCCUUCUGUCUUUAAAGCCACAAAACUACCAACACCAGGGAAAUUUAGGUGGUCUAUUGACCAGCUGGCUAUAAUGAACCCUGUAGAAAUAGACCCAGAGGAGAUUCAUCGUCAGGCCUCCUACUUAAGUCAUUCUCGAACAGAUAAAGAUGUGGAAGACAAAAGACAAAAAGCCAUCGAAGAGUUUUUCACUAAAGAUGUCAUUGUCCCCUCUCCCUGGACUGAGCAUGAUGGGAAACAGCCUGUAGAGCUUCACCCCAGCAAAUGCCUUAAUAGCAACGGUGACUCUCCUGUUGGGCAGAAGCUGACGCUUCCCUCCGAGAAGUGCAAUGCUGCCUGCCAGACUCUGCUGUCUCUUCCUGUGGAUUUCAAUCUGGAAGCCAUAUUGGGAGACUAUUUUAGAGCCGAUGACGCUGCGGACCAAUCUCCUGGGAACCUCAGUUCCUCGUCUCUCAGAAGAAAGCUCUUUUUGGAUGUGAAUGGGAGCAUCUCUGACUCCCUACCUUCAGCUUCUCCCAGAAGUCCUCCUAGCACUGCUCGAGAAUCUCUUGAGGGACAGUUUUCUUCUAGCCCCAUUGAGAACAGUACAAGAAAAUACAGUUUGGGGAGCAUAGCUAGCCCACCAACUCUUUCUUUACCCACUUUCUCACCAAUUGCACUUGAAGCAGGAAAGACGCCACUCUCAGAACAAAGGAAGUAUAUAUUUCAUUCUCCUGAAGCUUCAUCCGGAGCAAGAUCUACCGGGAUCAUUAAUCCAAGCAUCAGGAGUCCGUACAUAGAUGGCUGCUCACCAAUUAAAAGCUGGUCUCCUCGGAGACUGAGAGGUGGUACUCAGUACUUGUCCUCACUGAUUCGGGUCCCUUUUACUCUUGAGAACAACAGUGACAGCGAAGAAGAUGAGGCUCCCUCCACAGAUGUCUCUCCACCAGGCCCAAGUGCGCCAGUAUCCCUCCCGCCCUUGAACUGUGAGCCUUUGGCGUGUGGCGAGCCUUCGGUGGUCACUGCCAUGUCUCUUACACGGAGCCAGUCUAGUUCCGAGAGAGAUGUAGCGCCGCUGGAGGAUGUUGAGAGUGAGAGGGAAAAUGACACUGUGGAUAUGUUCGACCCUAUAGACGCAGGAGAUGAGAGCACUUGGAUCAAGGAGCCAGUGAGUGAUGGGAAUUCAGCCAUGACUGGUUUUGUGAGUGGAAUUGCCUUCAAUAUCGAAAGCUCUCAUAUGUGCAUGUCGCCUCUCGCGGAAAGCAGUGUUCUGCCGUGUGAAAACAGCAAUAUCCAGAUGGACAGUGGCUACACCACACAGACUUGUGGAAGCAAUGUCACUGAUAUUGCUGGGACAGAAAGCUGCUGCAAAGAAAAUGUCACACAGUCCUUUGAAGUAGAAAUAAAAUCUCAAGGAUGUAAUAUAAAGCAAGAGCACACAGUGCAGAGGUGCUGGAUGAAAGCUGCAGGCCCAUCGCAGUGCAGCAGCCCAUAGUCUCAAGACCACAGACCACACUCAGUAGUAGCCCGUGUCUUUAUGUACAUGAUCUCACGUGGUGGUGACUGGGGUAACUGCUUCAUGUCAUAUGCCCAGCUCCCUCCGUAAUGUGAAAAUACAGUCUGUCCGCAAAGGAACUUAGUGACAGGAACAG